CGCCACUACAAGGGACAGUGGCUGUGCUGUCGCCGCGUAUGACAAUCUCACCAGUUGAGACGUCAUAUAACAGAGUCCGAAAGAAAUGUCAGUAACGGCUGAACUCGAUUUCGACGUCCAAGACAUCCAGUGGACAUCCACGUCGGCUCAAGGUACUUGCUGGACCCGACUGUUUGCGAGCCCUAUAUUGGUCAGCGGGUAUCCUAUUCUCCGAAAGUUAACACCAGCUACCGGUCUUGAGACAUCACUGAGCAUCAUGGCGAGCAUAGUGCAAGCCCAUCAAAUUGUUCGCAUCGAGAACAAAAUCGUCAUGAAAGGCUUUAACUCUUUAGUAGUUGCUUCCGCAGUCGAUGGUGGUUCCAUUCUGUGGCAUGCUUUCACCAGCACCAAGCCAGAAGACCGCAUAUCUUACUUCGAUUGCCGGAUAGAAGAAUCAGUUUCAAACAAAGAAGAAUCGCCUUUGCUCCGCUCCCUGGGCGACUUUCGUCGCAUCAUAGGAUGGUGCUCUGAAGUGACGGAACUCUGCGGACAUCCUCAGGCUGAACUGAGCAUUUUCAUAUCUGGAGCCAUUCCAUGCCCUGCGUACACAGCUAUUGAUCGGGUAUAUGUUGAAGGGGGGUUCUACGUGAUAGGCAGCGUUAACGCACGUAUCAACCAGCGAGAACAGCCAGUAAUAUUUGGCGAGACCCGCAACUAUUCUGAGGUGUUCGAAUGGGUUGCUGAUCAGUUCGUCGCUUUCUACGACGUAACAGACCGCCGAGGUUGGUUAGUAGACGGCGCUUCUGCACUACUCCACCUUGUGCGAAUGUCUCUGCGACUGGAGGAGACCAAACUCGAGUCUACCUACCACUGGAUCUUUGAUAAAGACAAGUUAGAAGAAGACUGGACGAACUUCAACGGACGCGCUGCGUCGAUACGUACACUGAAGAGUUGGAAGAACCGUGCGUUGCCUCUCUACAUAAAGAACCAGACAUUGUCCAACGGCAGGCCGAUGAACACAUACUCCACAUUUGGAGAUCGGAUGGACAAAGUUCUACACUCGCUCGAGCUUCUCAUUGAACAUCAAAACCGCAUUGCUACGGAAAGUGGGGUCAAAGUCUCUCAGACACUCGAUACCAGGAAAGGCAUCCUAGGUUUCGAUGUUCUGGAUCUCGUCAAGUCUCGACCUCAGUGCAUCCCUCGUAUUGAGCGGUUCAGCUCAGGAGAUAAUAGUUGGGUCAGUUUAUUACCCGCUAUAGGUGUGCUUACAAUCUUCGGCAAGGGGUUUGGCGACCUCAUCUGUCCCAGUAAGCCUGACAUAGUGUGUGCGGCAUGGCGAACCGUUCCUAAGGAUCAAGACUAUCUAGCCUCUUCUGUCUCGACUCUUGCAUUGCUGCGCAAAGAAAGGCUACAACAGUUGGAGACUGAUUUAGAACCAGGUGGAUUGACGCGUAAGCUCUUUUGGGUGUCGCCAGGUCAGCCUUUCGACUGUUGCCAGUGCACCAAGGGCAAUCAAGUUGGGAAACAGGAGCAACGCGAUCCAGUGCAGUAUAUCGUGUCGAAACCGUGGUUGCGGGCGCACAAAUCGAAAGAGACAACCCGUGUUAAUGUUCCAACUUUGGACGCAACCGGCGCUGUUGUAUUUGCCAAUCUCUCAAGUCUGGGCCGCCGCGUUGAAGCUUGGAACCUCCAAGCACCUGCAGCAGGUCCUGUAUCGAGUAGCAGUCAUGGGAGCCUGUCGGUGUCAGCCAGUCAGUCAACCGCAGCUCAAUCAUUAAGCUCCACAGCUCCAACAGAAACAAGCGCUCAGGUUGCAGGCUCCGCGAGUGAUACAGGUGGAAGCAAUGCGCGUGGAGAUCAGAGUAUACCAUCCAGACUGAAAGAAAAGUGGAAAGGCAAGCUGAGGACGUUCUAUCCGAACUUAAAAAUAACAUCAUGA